UCUUCACCUUUGAUCAUGAAAAUGUGGAUUUUUGCUGUUCUGGCCGCUCUCGCGGUCGGAGCCUCAGCUCAGGACUGUUCACCAUGUGCCACUAUGAAGUGGGCUACAUGCGACGGACCCCCAUGUUCAUGUUAUCUUCUGGUUGGUAAUGGUGUUAAACAGCUCAUAGACUGCAAAGCAUUGAUCCCCAAGUGCUUCUUGAUGAAAGCUGAAAUGUACAGAGCUGGAAAGGCUCUGAACAUUCGCAGUAUUGGAAGAAAGCAACACGAGACUGCCAUUGUGGACAACGAUGGCAUCUAUGACCCUGAAUGUGAGAAUGACGGCAAAUUCAAGGCCAAGCAGUGCAACGGCACAGAUGUGUGCUGGUGUGUCAACAGCGCUGGAGUUCGUCGGACUGACAAGGGAGACCAGAGCCUCAAGUGUGAGAAGCUGGUGGAGACCCAUUGGAUCCGUCUUCAGCUGACACACAAGGAGGGGCCCACCAACGUGAAUAAAGACAAUUUGAAGGCUGCUAUUGCAACUGAACUUAACAAGCGUUACAAACUUGACCCCAGCCUGGUGAAGGACGUUCAGGAGCCCCCGACCAUGACCAUGAAGCACCUGACAGGCGGGAUCAUCGCCGUCAUCGUGGUGGUGGUGCUGGCUGUGAUUGCUGGCCUGCUGGCUGUGUUCUUUUUCCAGAAGCGACAGAGGAAGUACAAAAAAGCUCAGCCAAGAGAGAUGGAGCAAAUGUAAAGCAGAGAGAGUGUGAAGAGUCGACGCAUACAAUCGCCUUUUUUGGAUUACCAUGUUCUGUUUUCUUCGCUGUGGGAGUGUGCCAUUUUUAUCUUUUGAGACUUGCAGAUUGUAAAUGAAUAAUCACCUUUUGUUUUUUGUUUUUUUUUUUGUUGGGGUGUCAUUACUGCUACAAUUUAUUUAUAAAUCAUGUAAAGUCUUAAAGCAUCAUCCCUCUGGUCUACAUGCCAUAUAAGUACUGUGCAUUUUUAAAGUGUGCCUGACAUGCCUCAUUUUAACAUUAGAAUUUAAAUUCCACAUCAUAGAGUGUACAGUUUCUUACUUUCUAUUGUGUUUGUUUGGAUUGUUUGUAAUAAAACAUGCUUUAAAAGACA